GGUGCAACGGUAGUUUUGAUCCAGAAACUAACUGCAGACAAUUCAGCUGUCUGUAAUUGCGAUAAACAUCAUCAAGUAGGAAUCUGUUGAACUUGAUGGCGGAAUCCCAAAAGACUGAAUCCUAGAUGGUCUACUAAUUUGCGUCUGAUGGCUAACGAUCAGUCUGUUGAUAACAAACCUCAUGACUUGUAAGAUUCACAAAAGUUUUGAGAGGACAGCCAGGAGGAUAAUCUCUCAGGACUAAAGUGAAGACCUCCCUCCUGAGGAAGUAUAAAACAUGCCCUUACCAUUUGGCUUAAAACUCAAAAGGACUAGAAGGUAUACUGUUUCAAGCAAGAGCUGUCUUGUCACUCGGAUUCAGCAGCUCAAUGGAGAGUUUGUUGAGUUUACACUUUCAGUGGAGAGCACCGGGCAGGAAUGUUUGGAGGCAGUUGCCCAGAGACUUGAGUUAAGAGAGAUAACAUACUUCAGUCUGUGGUACUUCAACAAGCAGAACCAGCAGAGAUGGAUUGACUUGGAGAAGCCGCUGAAAAAGCAGCUGGACAAGUAUGGGCUGGAGCCCACCGUUUACUUUGGAGUCGUGUUUUACAUACCCAGUGUCACCCAACUGCAACAGGAGAUCACAAGAUAUCAGUAUUAUCUACAGCUGAAAAAGGACGUUCUGGAGGGCAGGAUCUCAUGCUCGCUAGAACAAGCUGUACGUUUAGCUAGCCUGGCAGUGCAAGCUGACUUUGGAGACUUCAAUCGAUAUGAUUCCCAGGAGUUCCUCCAGAAAUUUGUGCUGUUCCCUAUUGAUUGGAUUCAGGAUGAGCGAGUGCUGGAAGAGGCUACUCAAAAAGUGGCUCUGCUUUAUCAGUCCUUCAGGGGUUUGUCAGCACCAGAGGCAGAGAUGUUGUACAUGCAGGAGGUGGAGAAAAUGGAGGGCUACGGCCAGGAAAGCUAUCAAGCCAAGGACAGCACAGGCACAGAUGUUACCCUUGGAUCCUGCCUUGACGGCAUCUUUGUCAAGCACAAAAAUGGAAGGCCGCUUAUUUUAUUUAGGUGGAAUGAAAUUAACAACAUGAGUCACAACAGGUCCUUCUUUGCCCUGGAGCUGGCCAACAGAGAGGAGAGUGUUCAGUUCCAGACCGAAGACAUGGAAACCUCCAAAUAUGUGUGCCGGAUGUGUCUGGCCAGACUCAAGUUUUAUAAGAUUAACAAGAGUAGCCUAGAGGAGUGUGACCCCCUGCCUUCUGAGGGCUCCCAGAAGUCCCUUCUCACUUUAUCCUUUCCUCGCUUUCCAAUGCUCUCUCGUCCCUCUCUGCCUUCUAAUAAGGGCCAAGCUCAACCCACCGUGGUAAACCCAGUCAGAAGGAGAUCCUCAACUAGAAUAUCUCUGCCAAAGCCUCAGGCCUACAUGAUGCCCCCUCCGCAAAUGCACUACAAUGGCCAUUUCACAGAGCCUUACACAUCAUCACAGGACAACUUGUACAUGAACAGUCAGAACGGUUAUUACUACCACUCUCAGACCAGCCUGGACUGCUCUCCUCUGGAAUACAACAGCGGUGGGCGAUUACGCAAUGGCAGCGUCUACAGCGCCCACAGCACCAGCUCUCUAACCAAUCCUCAACACUACCUUCAGCCGUCACCCAUGUCCUCCAACCCCUCUAUCACCAGCGAUAUCACCAGGCCAGACUACGUCCCCUCGCAUCGUCACAGCGCUCUCAUCCCACCCUCCUACCGCGCAACUCCUGAUUAUGAGACAGUGAUGCGUCAGAAGAACCGGGGAGUGGGAGGAGGGAUGGUUUUGUCUCAAGAGCACCGGCAGAGCCACUCGAUGAGGAACCUAAACAUUGGAAACUCUUACGCCUAUAGCAGGCCAGACCCUCUAGUUUACAGCCAGCCAGAGAUCAGGGGGGAACAUGGUGGAGCAGCCCAACACCACCACUAUCCUUUCCAUCUGGGCUCCAGCUUCCACAGCCCCUCUCCAUACCCCUAUCCCACAGAGAGGAGGUCUGUAGUGGGGGCGGUUAGUGUCCCUGAGCUCACUAAUGUCCAGUUACAACAAGCCCAAGAGUAUCCAGCCCCCAACAUCAUGAGAACACAAGUGUACCGACCACCUCCACCCUACCCAUACGCCCAUCCUCGGCCUGCAAACAGCACACCUGACCUGUCUCGUCACCUGUAUGUCAGCAGUAGCAACCCAGACCUGAUCAUCACGAGGCGUGUGCACCACUCAGUCCAGACUUUCCAGGAGGACAGUCUGCCUGUCGCUCACUCUUUACAGGAGGUGUCAGAGCCCCUUUUCAGCGGACCCCCGCACAGACACCCAUACCAUGCUCAGAAGCGUAACUCCAUUGAGAUUGCCGGAUUGGCUCAUAGUCUCGAGGGGAUGAGGGUCAAAGAGCGGACUGUGUCUUCUUCAGCAGCUGAAACUGCUACGCCCCCUCCAGUUUUGCGUGGCGGUCGCUCUCAGGGCUCACAGCUCAACGUGUUUUUGGAACGUACAAAGACGGAGGACAGGGACGACAUUAAGGACGUGCAGUAUGGACACAAAAAGUCCCUCUCAGAUGCCACCAUGCUGGUUCACAGUAGUGGUGAAGAAGAGGAGUUUGAGGACGAUAAUGAACGUCACACUCCACUUUCUCAGGACGCAAUUUCAGCCAUUGUUCCUGAGCAGGGACCCCAGCAGCAUCACAGUCUGACAUCUCUCUCUUCUCUACCGCCUCAGCAGCAGACUCCCAUAGAGCCUCCUCCUGCAUAUCCCAUAGGCUCCUCCCUUGACCCCUCUAUAACCGGCUCCCUGACGUACAAGGUUCACCCCCUGAUCCAGGAGGGUGAGCCUCUGUACAUGCUGUCAGAUUUACGACAGCCCAGGAUUAUGCCCUCGGUCUCAGAGGGAGACCUGAGUGGCCAAGCCAAGCAGAAGACUAAAACAGACUUCAAGAAGAGGCCUGUGUCUGAUGUGCCGCCUGCGAAGAAAACUGUGGAAGGCUUGCCCCCUCCGGGCAUGAAGAAAGGGGCUAGGUCAGAAGUGAAGAAGAUGGGCCCUCUGAAGGUGGCCAAGCUCAACGGCCUGUCAGUGUCCAGGCAGCCAAUGCACGACGAGGUGAAGGAUGAACCUGAACGAGCCUCUAAUGACGAGAGGUGUAAAUUGCUGGAACAGCACAUGGACAGGGGCGAGCUGUUAAAAGAGUACGAGAAAAUCCCAAAGCGUCCAGGAGGGGAAUACACCGUCGCCCAGCUGCCAGAGAGCGGAGACAAAAACCGCUUCCAAGACGUCCUGCCUUAUGACAGCAACCGAGUGGAGCUGGUUCCCACUAAAGAGAACAACACAGGAUACAUCAAUGCAUCACAUAUUAGAAUAAUAGUAGGAGGACAGGAGUGGAGCUACAUUGCAACACAGGGUCCCAUGUCGAACACGUGUCAAGACUUCUGGCAGAUGGUGUGGGAGCAGGGCGUCUCCAUCAUCGCCAUGGUCACUGCUGAAGAGGAGAGCGGCCGAGAAAAGAGCUUCCGGUAUUGGCCAAGACUUGGCUCACGACACAACACGGUGACGUACGGGCGCUUCAAAAUCACCACCCGGUUCCGCACCGAGUCCGGCUGCUACGCCACCACAGGACUCAAGAUCAAACACCUCCUGACAGGCCAAGAGAGGACUGUCUGGCACCUGCAGUACACAGACUGGCCUGAUCACGGCUGUCCUGAGGACUUCAAAGGCUUCCUCACCUACUUAGAGGAGAUCCAGUCUGUGAGGAGACACACAAACAGCAUCAGUGACCCAAAGAACACCAACCUACCUGUACUGGUCCACUGCAGUGCCGGAGUGGGAAGGACUGGAGUGGUCAUCCUAUCUGAGAUCAUGAUAGCCUGUCUAGAGCACAAUGAGCCACUGGAUGUCCCAGAGAUCCUAAGGAAGCUGCGUACUCAGCGGAUGAUGAUGGUUCAGACUUUGUCUCAGUACAAUUUCAUCUACAAGGUCCUCAUUGAGUAUCUCCGCAACUCCAGGCUGAUCUGAGCACAGGCAUAUGUCCAGCCCGUCAACAUACACUGUCAUCACAGAUGAUUUCAGGGGUGGAAAUUGCUCCAGGUUUAUGCCAAACUGCACUGUGAUGAUGUAGCUGCAUAAAUCUGUUUAAAUGUAGCAUUGACAUGUUGUGGAUCCUCUUUUGGCCAAGUAUUAAGUCAGGCAAGGCUGAAGGAAAGAUUUGUGGAUAUACAAAAAAAAAAAAAAAAAA